AUGAGCUUGGGUUGUCGGAAGGAAAUUAAUCGUCUGAUUGAUAUUGAUGAGUUUGGAUACUUGAUGGUAUUGAAUGAAUAUUUGGGAAUUAUUGAGGUUGAUUCACAAAUUGGAUCGGAGAGUUCAGCUACAUUGAGAGUAGAGGAUGGUGAGGUGUUGGAGAAAUUAGCAAAUUCUAUUGUGUUCGGAAGUGAGAAAGUGAGAGAAUGUAGUAAUGUUGAAAACAAAGUUCCAUUGGGGCACUAUGAGAAAUUCAUUAGAAACCAUGCCAUAUGUUCUGUAUUUGAAUUUAUUGGAACGAAGGAAUUGAUUGAAUCAUGCUCGAAUGUUUGUAAAAGUUGGAAUGAGAUUAUAUUGGAUGAUAGAAAUAAUAUAGAGCAGAUUUUUGGAAAUAGAUUUAAGAACAAUUCUCAAAAAUUAGGACUUGAUUUAGAUUUUGAAGCAAUUAGAGAAGGUUAUAUUAAUAUGAAUUGGAUGGAGAUAUACAUGAUGAGUGGGAUGUUUCAUUUAGAAAUUAAUCCAGAAUAUUCAAGUUGGCUCAGAACAGAAGAUCAAUUCCUUACUCUUUUGUUUUUGAAUCCAUUAAUUUUCUUAGAUUUACCUCCUAAUCAUUGUUUAAUUGAACGAUUCUGUAAUUAUAAGCGUGUUUUGAUUUUAUCAGAAUCAAGACCUACCUUGGAAUUAAUUCAAAGAUACAAGUCAAGGCGCUUCAUUAACUCUUUACUUCAUCAUUCUAAUUCCAAAACUGCUAUUCAGAAUAUUUUACAAACUCCUGUUAUUUUCCCUUUUCAUGGUAAGGUAUUCUCAAUUGAUUUUGAAUCAGAAAUACCUAUCUAUCUGGAUUUUUUGAAAGACAUUACUUCAACAUUAUCAUCAAUUAUUGAAAAAACCCAUUCAGUGAAAAUUGCAACAUUUCUAGAUAAGAUGGUGGAAAAGGCACACGAAUAUUUGCAACAUUUUUCAACUAUCAGCAAUUAUAGAGUGGGAAAGGAUAUUGUAAUUGGUCUACAUUUGAUUUUCUUGGAUAGAUAUUAUAUGGGAGACAAUCUUCUAUCAUCUCCAAAUCUCAAUUUUGGAAAAUUAUUGAAGAACUUGAACAAUAAUCAAGUCCAAUUGUUUGAAUCUGAUUCAUUUUCUACUGAUUUAUUGUCUGAUUUAGUUACAUCUCUGCAAGACCAAACUAACCAACCCAAUCAAACAUGGCUUCCCUCUCCAAACUCACCAUUCAAACAUCAAUUUAAUGCUUUUGAAUUCCUCCAAGAGCACACCUUUGAGCUGAGCUCAAGUUCUACUGCUGAUCGAUCAUCAGGAAAUGGUAGUGCUACCCUCUCGUAUGAUGAACAAGAUCCGUGGAAGGGAUGGACUGUGCAAGAUGUUCAACAAAUGCGAGAACAACAAUUGAGAGAAUUUUGUAGAGAAGUGAUGAUAAUGGCUUCAUCAGAAAUUCCUUCACAAGAUUUGAGACGUGCUGUUUGGAAGAAAUUACUUUAUAGUAAAGUGGCUCCUUCAAGCUUGAAAGAGCAAGACUUUGAAAAUGUUUCCUGGAGUGAUGUUAGCAGAGAAGAUUUAAAACAACAUCUUUCAUCAAUAACCACAACACUCUCUGAUGAAGUAGUAGAAAAGACGUACAAGAUACUUUCUUUCCAUCAUCAAUUUAUGAAAGAAAAGUUUGAUAAAGCAAAUACUCCAUCAAGUACUAUUGCACCAAACAUUAUUGAACACAUUCUCUCCUACAGACCAGAUAUGGGUCGAUUUGUCUAUCACUUUAUUAAUUGUGUUGAUGAUGGAUCGGAAAAGAUGAAUCUAUCAGAAUUAUUUCCAAUGGUUUAUAUCAUGUUAAAUCAAUACUUUAAACCACUUGAUUCAAGGAAGAAUAUUGCUUCAUUGACAACAGCAACCGAUUCAAAGAUUGGAUAUUUAUUGGAUUGUUUCGAUCAAAUGUUUAGACUUUUGGUUCAAUAUCAUGAUCCUGAUUUACAACUUCAUUUCGAUAGACACAGAUUGGAAGUUAUUAUAGAUGAAAUUAUUCCUUGGUCCAAAUCUUUAUUAUUUGAUUUUAUUGCUUCAUCUAUUACUGAUGCUUCUGAAUUGAAACAAACACUAACUUAUUUGCUUGAUAUUUUGAUUAUUGAACGUGAUCCUGUCAUGUACACAUUCUUGAUUAUUUCUAUUCUAGUGAGAGAUCGUAGUAAUAUUAUGGCUCUUGACAUUCCAGAAGAACUCAGAUCAUAUUGUCAAGCUGGACUCUCAUCAAAGGAAAAACAACAAAUUAUCAAGAGCAAAAUGGAUAUUUUCUCACUCUACUUGGAAGCCAAGAAUUUGGAAAAGGAAACACCAACCAGUGCUAGAAAUCAAUUACAAUCUAUUUAUCAAGCUUCUUUUGAAGCUAAGUUUGACACAAUGAAGCAACUCUUGCAAGAAAGUGUUAUUCUUCCACUUCCAGCUACUGAAAUUGCCGACUGCUUUACUAAGGACAAAACCAGACAACAACAAAGAUCACAAAACUCCAAGGUCAAAUAUCUUGUCAUUGAUUGUAGAAGUGUAAAGAGCUUCCAAUAUGCAAGACUACCAACAGCCAUUCAUGUUGGAACACGUGUUGGUUAUGAUAAUGACAAGAUGAAGGCCAUUCUCUCCAAGUUUGAAGAUGCCAAAGGAUCUCACUUUGUUAUUUUUGGUACAGGAAGAAAGUUGCCAGAAGAGGAAAAUUUAUUACGAGUUAUUGCUAUGAAGUUUGUUACAGGUGGAUUCCCUCAUAUUUCUAUUGCUGUUGAUGGAUUCAAAGGGUGUAUCAAAUAUAUGACCUCUAAUUUGAUUGAAUAUGUCAAGGAUGAAACUUUAGAAAACACUAAAACAUCCUCAGCUGAGGAAUGGACAAGUAAGGUUUCUGAAACUAUUUUCUCAUGGGGUAAGAAGGCAAUUGGUGACAUUGAAGAAUAUGUAAAGGAGAAGAAACUUGUGGAACAAGCUUUGACAAAACUCAAUAGUAACAAGGAAAGUGCCCUUUCUACACUCAAUUCUUUGAAGAAUAUGGAAAAAAAACUGGAAAAGACUUUGGAAAAGAGGAUUAAACCAGUCUUUUCACUUGGUGACAAUGAUUCUGAUGAUGAUAUUUCCACCUCUCCAACAAGUGUUGAAAGUACAGAGGCCACCACUGUCAAAUUGGAUGAUUUGUCCAAACUUGGAGACAAUAUCAAAUUAUUUACUCUCCAAUUGAAGAAGAAUAAGGAAACAAGAUAUCUCGCCAUUGGAGACAAUUUAAUAAUGUGUCUGAAACCUCAUCCACAACUUUUCCAAAGUGGAAUCAUUCAAUGGAAGAGAACAUUGAGGCAAGUAUGCAAGCUAACCUUUAAAAAGACAGAUGCAACAUCUCUUACUUUCACACUCAAAGGAUUCCCAAAUACUCUUUCCUAUACUCCUCAACCUCAAUCUACAACAGAUAACUCACCACCUCCAAGCUUUACUGAACAAUUCACCACUGACAAGGCAACGGAAAUUAUUAAUUUGAUUUUUGAUCCUCCAACUAAAAAGAUUAAACUGUCUCGUUCGGAAGACAAUAUCAUGCCAAAUGUCAUUAUAUUACUGGAUCGAUCACUUGGUGAUUCAUUGUUAUGGGAAGUUUAUCAGGAAACAAUUGAAAGAGAUUUGAAUGAAUUUGUUAUAUUGCAAUUGAUGAAAGAUUAUGGCAGUUUCUUCAACAUUAAGAUAAUGAAAACCCUUCCUCAUUUAGUGGCAUUUGAAAAGAUGUGCAGGGAGAGGAGUGUCAUUUACGAACUGAUAAGGGAAGGAUUACUCUAUGAAUCAAUUAAUGGUAACUUCUUUAGGGCUUCUAGCUUUUUCCAGAAAUAUUACAAUAUUAAGCAAUUGUUAUUUUCUAAACAUGCAUUCGAAACUGAGGAUCAGUACAAGAAGUUUAUAAUGAAUGUCAUUGAUUAUGAUAGAGAGGGAAUAAUUUAUGAUAUUGUUUCUGAUUCAAUAAGGGAUGAUUUAGAAUUUGUGUUGAGAGCUACCUUAAUAUGUCCCAAAAUACUGUACAAAUAUCCAGAAAGAUUUCUCAAUUUACAAUUUGCAUUGGAAUAUUCAAUGAGAGAGCAUCCAAGAACUGUCAUGAAGACCUUCUUGAAAGAUAAUGAAUCUCCAAUCCUAGAAUUGGAGGAAUAUCAAGCAGUUAACAAGUUCAAGGAAGAAUCCAGUACAUUUAUGAGUGCAAGAAGAUUCGUAGAGAAUGGUUCUAAUCUAAGAUAUUCAUUUUACAAUGAUGAUCCCCUUCCUAAACUUCCACAUGACUUGAAUCCAUCUCGUUAUAUGACCAGGAUAAUUGAUUUCGAAUACCUGCAAAGCUGGGUCCAACAGAUUAUAGAUAUACCAUACAAGGUAUAUUCAAAGCUGGAUUAG